CGGCCAACCAGGAGGCGCCGUGGCGCAUACGGAAUGAGGGCGCCCGGCGGCGGCGGGCUGCGGGGCCGCCGCUGAGCCCAGCCACUGGCGCGGGGAGGCCGGGCUGGGGGCGCGCACUCGGGCCGCGGCGGGCGGAGGCGGCCGGCAGCGUGCGAGGCGCCGGCGGCGGGCGUUCUCUGGGCCGGGGCCCGAUUUCAUGCAGCUGCCUGUGACAGCUCCUGUUGGGUAAACUGAGACGGGAACAUCUUGUGUUGGCUGAUGCACCUGUACCUGCCACGAUGAGAAGUUGCAUAAGAUCUUUUUGGAUCCCUGUCUAAUUGAUCCAUGUUUCCAAACUCUUCCUUGUAACCUUCGCAAGCAGCCAAAAUGAAGUUGAAGCAUAGCAUCAACCCUGUUCUUCUACAGUUUAUAAACUUCAUAAUCUUGGUGUACUCCUUUCUAACAUACAUUCCAUGGUACAUAUUUUCAGGAUCAAGGCAGGCUGUAGCGAAAGCCAAGCAGGUUAAAGCUAAACCUGUGAAUAACAAGCCCGGGGGUGCAUACAGAUCUGUUAACAGUCUACAUUGCUUAGCUUCAGUUUUAUAUCCUGGAUGUGAUACACUUGACAAAGUUUUUAAAUAUGCUAAGACUAAAUUUAAGGACAAGAAACUCUUGGGAACACGUGAAAUCCUAAAAGAGGAAGAUGAAAUCCAGCCGUCAGGAAAAGUCUUUAAAAAGGUCAUCCUUGGCAAGUACACCUGGCUUUCAUAUGAAGAUGUAUACAUUAAAGCUGUUAAUUUUGGAAAUGGCUUAGCAGUACUGGGUCAGCAACCAAAGACUAACAUUGCAAUCUUUUGUGAGACUAGAGCUGAGUGGAUGAUUGCAGCACAGGCCUGCUUUAUGUGCAACUACCAGCUUGUUACUCUGUAUGCUACUCUGGGAGGCCCAGCAAUAGUACAUGGGCUAAAUGAAACAGAGGUGACCACCAUCAUUACUAGUAAAGAACUGAUGCAAACAAAACUGAAGGAAAUUGUUUCUCAAGUUCCACGCCUGCGACAUAUUAUUACAGUGGAUGGCAAACCAACAACAUGGGCAGAGUUUCCCAAGGGUGUCAUUGUUCACACUAUGGCUUCUGUGCAAGCUAUGGGGGCCAAGGCAGAUACUGGAAACAGACAGCAAGCCAGGCCUGUGCCCUCGGAUAUCGCGGUGAUCAUGUACACAAGUGGAUCCACAGGAGUUCCCAAAGGAGUUAUGAUCUCCCAUUGCAACAUAAUUGCUGGCAUAACUGGAAUGGCUGAGAGGAUUCCAAAUCUGGGGGAAAAAGACAUCUAUAUCGGCUAUUUGCCUCUUGCCCAUGUUCUGGAGCUGAGUGCUGAACUUGUGUGUCUGUCCCAUGGAUGCCGCAUUGGUUACUCCUCGCCUCAGACAUUAGCUGACCAGUCCUCUAAAAUAAAGAAAGGAAGCAAAGGUGAUGUUACUACACUUAAGCCAACCCUGAUGGCAGCUGUCCCAGAAAUUAUGGAUCGGAUCUACAAAAACGUCAUGAAUAAAGUGAAUGAAAUGACUAGUUUCCAGCGGAAUCUAUUUAUAUUGGCCUACAACUACAAAAUGGAACAGAUUUCUAAGGGUUACACUACCCCACUCUGCGAUAGCCUUAUUUUCCGGAAAGUACGAAUGCUGCUAGGUGGAAAAAUUCGCAUCCUGCUUUGUGGAGGAGCUCCACUCUCUGCAGCAACUCAACGGUUUAUGAACAUUUGUUUCUGUUGCCCUGUAGGACAGGGGUACGGACUAACUGAAUCAGCUGGAGCUGGAACAAUCACGGAAGUUUGGGACUACACUACAGGGAGAGUAGGAGCACCUUUGGUCUGUUGUGAAAUCAAGUUAAUGAACUGGGAAGAAGGUGGAUAUUACAACACUGAUAAACCAUAUCCUAGAGGUGAAAUUCUUAUUGGAGGGCAAAACGUGACUGCGGGCUACUACAAAAACGAAGCACGGACCAAAAAAGAUUUCACUGUUGAUGAGAAUGGGCAGAGGUGGCUCCAUACUGGAGACAUUGGAGAGUUUCAUCAAGAUGGAUGUCUAAAAAUUAUUGAUCGUAAAAAAGAUCUUGUAAAACUCCAGGCAGGAGAAUAUGUUUCUCUUGGCAAAGUAGAAGCAGCUCUAAAGAAUCUUCCACUGGUAGAUAAUAUUUGUGUGUAUGCAAGCAGUUUCCAUUCUUAUGUCGUUGGAUUUGUUGUGCCAAAUCAAAAGGAGCUCGCAGAACUAGCUCGAAAGAAAGGAUUUAAAGGAACCUGGGAAGAGAUCUGCAACAGUCCUGAGAUGGAAAAAGAGGUACUGAAGGUGCUAGCUGAGGCUGCCAUGGCAGCUAAUCUGGAGAAGUUUGAAAUACCAGUAAAAAUUCGUUUGAGCCCUGAUCCUUGGACCCCUGAGACUGGUCUAGUGACAGAUGCAUUCAAACUAAAACGCAAAGAGCUUACAGCAUACUAUCAAAUGGACAUUGAUCGAAUGUAUGGAAAAAAUGUAAAAUAAGUCUUUUUUUUUCUGCACCACUUUGCUACAAUGAGCUUGGAUCAAAUAGGAAAUACUUGAAUUGCCUCUCUCAACACUUGAGAUGAACACAGAAAACAACCAUUCCUCAUUUGCAGCUUAAAAUGUUAUUUCUGGUAACAUCACCAUGAUGACUGGCAAGUUUAGUAAAAUGUUACGGCAGCAAACUUGUGUCUGUCUCCUUUUUUCCAGUUUUCUCUGCUACCUUGUCAGUCCAUGGAUUUCCCAAGUCUUUGUGGGAAGCCAUGAUUCUGAAGCCUCAAGUUUUUAAACAUUUAUAAAUCCUGUAUAAUGUUUUAUUUGUAUCUUUAAAAAUUGGAUGUAUAUAGCGAAAACUUGGCUAUAUAAGAAAUGGUUAUACUGGGGCCUUUUUUAACCUAAUUAUUUAAAGAUGAUAAGGUAUUGAUGUUGGGAUGUUAUGUACAUUGAAAAUGCUUGUAACGAGAUCUUUAUUGGGCAGGGGACCAGGUUAUUUGCUGCUGUGCUAUUUUUCCAUGUAAAUCUGAGGGAGAAAAUGUUUGACAUUCUAGCUUGUGUAAUAUACCUUCAGUAUGUGCCUAAUGGUUACUUUUAUUUUUAUCUGAAAAUGAAAAGGUCAUGGCACAGCUCUGCAUAAAGGCAGGUACUCUUGCAGGUGUUAGUAAAACUUGUUUAAUACAAAAUAUGUUAUUAACACAGCAGAAGUUAAACCUAAGAAUAAUCUCUCAAAUAGAGAACUCCUUUCUUAAACAGCUCGUGACCAUUCCAUCCAGUAGAUUCCAUCCAGAAUUGUGUAGAGCUAAUAAGAACUCUCAGCAUUAAUUUCACUUAACACUUUGUGUUUGACAGUGUCCUUUUAGCAGAGGGACUGUAACAACUUUUGUCUUUUCUCGCUAGGUUUGGACAUUACACUGGGUUUGCUCUUUCAUUGUUUCUGAAAGUCUGGCAAGACCCCUGUUCUGUCCUAGCUGCAACCCAAAUCUUACUGGGGGGAUUUUUAAAGUCAUAAUGACAGUUAUGUUCUCAGCUCACACAGUGCCUAGCUGCCCUUUGUGCCAUUAAAAAUCUCCCUUUAAUUCUGUGUUGUUAUAUUUAGCAUUUUUUGCUUUAAAAACAGAUAUUUGAAGUGUUUGUCAGCCAGAGUUACUUAUGUUGCUUGGUUUGUUACACCCAAUUCUUACUUUGGGAAGGCAUCUCAACUUCUGUUUUACUAUAGAUAUGUGAAUAUUGUUUGAAGAGCUAUGGGGGAUCUUUUCUUCAGUGAGUGUUUAGACGUGUUUCAGAUGUGAAUUUUAUUUUCAAGAUACUUCUAGAAAGAAUAUUUUAAUCAGGUUACAUGAGACUGUGAAAAGGCAUACAUCAGUCAACUUUGUGAUGGAGCAAAUAUUAAAAUGGCUUUAAUAUGGAGAUUAUUCUCUCGUGUAUCAUUUACUUGUACUAAAAAUCAAGGUCUUGAUGCUCACUUAGUACCCUACUAUGGUAUAUGGCAAUGCUGAAUGGCAUAAGCUUUGUUUGGGGGAGGGAGUUCCUGCUGUUAGCAUUUGUGACAUGCGAGUUCUGGGAAAUGUUUGAUAUACAAAUUCACAUUUAAAAAAAUCAAAAACAUCACUAAAAUUAACACUUACCAUUGAUUAUAGAAAGCAGCUUCACAGGAGUCGAAAGUUAUCAAGUACUUUAGUUUUGUACCUGUACUUUAGUUUUGAUGAAACGAUGAGAAAGUUUGUGCUGUAUUUUGUUACAUUACCAUCUCUCGCACUAUUCCAGGAUUUCCUCUGCUGCUGUCUGUGAAAAACUGUUUCCAUUUAGUGAAUUUUGGUGUAACUAGUCAAAUGGAAAUAUAAGCAACAAAAAGAAAUCAGAACCACAUUUAUGAGAUUAAUGCCUUCAGAUAUCUAGAUCAUAAAUUAAACCCUGGCAGAUAGAGGUAAGACUAAUGUUGGAAAAUGGCUGAAGAAAUCCAAAUGUGGAAAUUGCCAAGCCUGUAGGGAAGUUUCACACCACAUAUUAGACAUUGCUAAUACUUAAAUAUGUAUCUGUGCUCCAUCAACAGGUUCUUAAAUACUUCGCACUCAGCACAGGAUGUAUAUUGUUCAAUUUUUUGGAUGUGAUUUCUAGAGAAAACUAAUAAAUUGCUGAAGUACUAUGUAUAUCACUUGGUGCAUUGUGCAGCAGAUUUAAGAAAAGAAAUCUGCUUUUGGUUAAUUCAGAAGAAACCUGAAGUUAGUAUUUUAUUCUGCUAAGUGUUUAAAUACCUUUGGCAUAAAUAGCAUAAAUGAAAUUUCUAAAAUUAUUUGGAAGUAGUAGUUUUAAUUUUUCUUCUAAUCUGGUCACAAGAUUGGGUUGCAGUCUAACUGUGCGUUUGAUUUUACAGUUCAGUUUUUUUGUAUUUAAAAUGGAUGUUGAUAUCUAUAGUUCCUCCUCCUUUAGACAUCAGAUCCAUUGUGGACAUUUAUUUCUUCUACAGACUGUGAAAAUAAAUCAGUUCAUUUAUUUUAGCCUCAGCAUUGAAGAUAGAUUUUAAAAAUAUUUGUAUGGGCUUAAAAUAUUUUUGACUGUUAUUUCUUCUGAUUUAUAACAAAAGACAGACUUUAAUACUGCUAGAUUCUGAGUACUUCUGCGUCCCGUGGAGGCCACCUGUCCCAUGGGUGCCCACGCUUCUCAUUAACUGGCCUGGCCUGUAAGGGGACGAUAAGUCACCGUUGCUGUUCAGACGUAGGGCAGUCUUAGUCCUGUAGACUGCUGUGCCUGUCAGAUAGUUUUGGCUGCCACCAUGUUCUCACCCUGUGCUUUGAGACCCUGCGUAGGUGUGCUACAUGCCAGCCAGGAAUUUACCUGGUCUCUCGCCCCUUUUUGUGGUGGUUUUUUUUGGGUUGUGGGGUGGGUUUUUUUUCUUGUGGGUGGGGUGGGUUUUUUUUUGUGUGUGUGUGUCUGCCCAUGCCCAAUGUAACUAGAAGAACAAAAGCACCUGCUGGAAUGUAUUGCUCAUGUCCCAAAGGCUGCAGACAGCUGUAGAAUAAAUUAGGAAAAGUGCAUGUUGGAAGUAACAGUCUCCAUCACAUGGGGAAUUUUGUAAUGGAAAGAGCUGUAACAUUAAACAGUCUUUCUAAGUUCAAACUGAGAACAAAGGGCAUAUACCUCACCUGACAGGCCCCUAAAGGGGGGAAUUUUUAGCAAACCUUUUGUAAAUCUAAACUUCCCAGGACUCUGAAUCAUUGGAAAUUGUAACUACUUAUUCUGUUAUGAAAAUGUACAUAUUUCAUUAUAAAAAAUGAGCAAGAAAUUCAAAGGAUGCUGUGAAUCUUUAAAUUCCUACAGUUAUUUGAAAAUAUUUCAAAUAUUCAGGCUAAAUUCAAUGUAGACAUCAUAAGUGUUCCUUGCAGCGAAUGGCGUUUCUGGAGUAGGUUAGGAAAUGUAAAAAUUACAUGUCAGAAAAGACCUUGCAAGUUUACUGAUGCUGCUGCUACUGCAGUUUACACACAAGCAGGACCAAACCUCCAGCUGUAUCAUAGCAGUAAAAUAUUUUGCUGAAAUGAAAGCAAAAAGCAACAUGCAACUGAAACUAAGAACAUAGUGCAUACCUACGUCCUACUGGUGUUUUAUAGAUAGGUCACAGAGAAGGGUAUGGAAUUGAACCCAUUCAUUAAAAAUGACCUGUAAAGCUUGUAAGUUUAUGCAGAAAUUGCUAUAGGACAUGACUCCUUUGCAAUGACCUUAAUCCUGGUAAAAUUCACAAGCUUUUAUUCUGUACUAAAACUACAUUUAGGCGAUGCAAUGCAGCAUUUUAAAUUUUUAUUCAUGUGAUGUAUUAACUUCUUUGGACUUGGUAUAAAAUUGUGUACAUCUGUUUCUUUACUUGUAAGAGGAAAAAAUCUUCAACUUGCAUACACCUUGGACCAGGCUGAAAAUUAAUUGAACGACCAGUUGUAUGUUAUUGUAAUUGGUUAUUUAAUGUAAACUCAUUUUCAAUGUGAUCUUGGUUGUUACUAUGAACUGCCUGAAUGUUGUAUAUCCUGAGUUAUACUGUAUGAAUUAUUUAUUUGUAAUUGGAUAUCAUGUUUCACAAAUAAAAUUAAUUUCACAAA